UGUAGGGGUGGGACUGGGGAGGAGGGAGGAGAGAGAGAGAGAGAGAGAUGGGGAGGGAAUGGCAUUGGAGCCGCUCUUUGGCUAAAGGGGAGAAGGAGAGCCCCGGAUGCAUGAGCGGCAUGCUCCAUUACUUCGACUUCCACCACCUUCUCUUUACCGCCACCAGUCGAACCGUGCCGCCUGAAGUCCACCACCCAACUUCUCAGCUCAAAGGUGUCGAGGCGCCGAGGAAUAGCCUGGAGCUGGACGAUGGGAAAGCAUCGUUUGGUUCGGUCAUUUCACAGGAGUAUGACGAUGUCCCUGUAAGUAAUUUGAGGGUAGUUCCAAAACCAGCUGCAGUGACCAAAAGCAAAAAGAUGAUAACGUUGUUUGAGGAGGAGAGAAGGAGCUCGCUGGCUGAGACGCCAAGGACACCAGGCGUCGUGGCCCGUCUUAUGGGCUUAGAGGUGCUGCCGGACCAGCUCUCUUGUCCAACUACCCCAUUCCUGAGGUCCCCUCCGUUAGUGGAAUCUCAGGAGCAACACGGAAAGAAGAAAAAGAAAAAGAAGCUCAAAGGUGAAUGCAGACGAGAAUCGGUAUCCCCUCGGCAACCCCUUCAAAGUAUAAACUGCAAUGUUGCAGGAAGAUAUGAAAUGAGGUCCCGUUCGUUGCCGGACACGCCGAGAGUGUCAUCAGCCAGGUCAUGGGAUUCAGAUCCAAGGCUAUCUUUGCAACUUAACAAGGAGAGCACAAACAAGGCCAUGCAGGAGUUCAGCUACUUGUGCGAGGUGUCUGGGGACUACUCGCUCCCACCUUCGCGCUCGCCAUCACCUUGUAUGGCAAAGUCUAGGAAGAAAGAUUUCGGAAGGCACCAAGAUGAGAACAGGAGCCCAAGAAGCCACUACUAUGGUCGCGAGAUAGUGAAGCAAGUCAAGGAAAGCAUCAGUAGCAGGAGAGGAGACAGCAGUGAUGAAAUUGCUGUCAGACCAAGAAGGACUAAAUCAGCCGAGAAGAAAGCAUCAUGCUAUGUUGAUACAUGGAGCCAGCGCAAGUCCCCGACAGAGAAUCCAUUACCAUCAUGUUCACCUCCUGGGAUCAGGUUCUUGGAGCCCUCGAAAAGCAGACCGGUGGAAGAUCACAUUCCCAAAUCCCAGCAAAAGCCAAAAUUUGCUCGCCAGAGAUCACCAUCGCAUUGUUUGUCAUCAUCUAAUUCCCUUAGAAGCAAAGAUAAUGUGGUAGCAAAUGCAGUUAAGAUAGGUCCAAGCAAGUGCACGAAAGCAAGCUACGAGCGCUUCACCGAGAGGAUCAAGAAGCAACAUCCAGCCUCCGAGACAGCCAGACCGGAUUCCUUAUCAUCUUCUUCGCAACCAGCUUCCAUGCUCCAGAAGCACCUCUCUGAAAAGCAGCGCAGCUCUAUCCCUUCAUUUGUUAGAAUCAAGAGGAAGGAAGCGUCUCCUUCAUUGUCAAGGCCAGUACCAGAACAAAUCCCGCAGCAAUCUCCUUCCUGCUCGGUCCAAGAACAAAAACUGAUGAAUGUUGGAGUUGAAGGUGCUUUAAUGCCAUUGAAGACCCCAAGUUGUCCCCAACGCCGGGUACCAAAAGAGCAGAAUCCCGAGUACAGAUAUGUGAGGUCCAUACUAGAGCUAGCAGGGAUUACGGGAGUAGCUAUCCCUUCAUUCAGAUGGUACUCCUCUUCCCUCCCCAUAGACCCCAUCAUUUUCCACCUGCUCGAGCUCGAGCUCGAGCUCCCCUUUUUCCCGACAGAAGAAGGCCAACAGCAGAGCAAAGUCGAGGGGGAAAUGAUCCUCCUCGGCCCUAUGCGGCACAGAUGGAACAGGAAGCUCCUGUUCCAUCUGGUGGAGAAUAUCUUGGGAGAUCUCCUCCGGUGGUCGCACCUCGCCACCCCCACCAUUCAUCAGAGUCAUCUAAUCAAGCAUCAUGUUAUGGACCGCGGGAACAAAGCCGACGGCGGCGAGUUGUUGCUAUGGGAGCUCUGGAGGCAGAUCCAGAGCUUCCCGGCGGCCGAGUGCCAGGUGGUCGGUGACAUCGACUCACUCGUGGCGGCGGACCUGCGGGAGGCCAAGAUACGGCGGCUGGUGCUGCACCCCUCGGUGGUGGAGGAGAUGGAGGACAUCGCGUUGGAGGUCGAGCAGGAGAUCUUUGACGACGUCCUCGUGCAGGCCGCGGCAUCUCUCGCCCUCGUCUUCCGAGGGACCUGACGUCACCUUAUUCCCAACGGAAACGGCGGGUGCUCAAAUCAUUGUGUUCUAGAAGAGAAAUUAUUGCAUGGACCCGGUCCAAGUAAUCUUUGGACGUUCUGAAUGGGUCAGCUAAGCGAGAAAUUAUUCCAUGGACAAGGUCCAAGUGGACGAGAGCAAAUCUUAGAGCAUAUGCACGGUGGAUAAUUCGCAAUCGGGAAUUGGUGAAAUAAACGGGGUAAUGUGGCGUGUUAUCUACCGUGGGAUUUAGAAAGAUUCAUUUGGACAUGAUCCAGGUAAUAAUUAGACCUGCUGCCCCUCAUCAACCUUAACUCCUUUUUCCCUCCUUCCCAUCAUCACGAUGCAUGAAAAAAGAUGCUCGUGUAGUCUUAAAAAAAAAAGAGAAAAUGCUGGCCACGUGUUGCGUUAUGGCUAUUCAAAUGAUCAUGAUGCCCUUACGUUGUAUAUGUAUACAUUUUUGUACGUUAUUCUUCUCUCGUCUUGUUGUAUAAAAUGUAGGCAUGCGAACACCUUAUUCGCUUCCUCUUUUUAGUUUUAGGCUUUAAUCUUUUUCUCUCCUCCCUACUUUGUAUGAUGUCUUUGCUGAGAAGACGAUGCUGUGGGCAUGUUAGCUUUUGUCGGGUAAGUUUUCUGU